CUCAACACACAACAUACACUAUUGACUACUCUGAUCUUGUAGUGUCAUCAAAAUGGUAAAGUUUUGGAUUAGCUCCCUCAUCAUCAUACUAGUUCUACCAAACUGGUGGUUUUGCAAUGGUUGUUUGGAUGAAGAAAGGUUUGCACUUUUGCAGCUCAAAUCCAGCGUAAAUUAUCCAAAUGGAAAUUCCCUUCCAUUAUGGAGGGAGGAUGAUAAAUCUACUUGUGAAUGGCCAAACGUGGUGUGUAACACUACCACAAAGCAUGUGGUACAAAUCUCUCUAGAAUCCACUGAGACUUGGAAGCUAGUCCAAAGUGAUUGGCAUUUUAAUGCCUCUCUUUUCCUUCCUUUUAAAAUGCUUAGGGCUCUUUCCUUGGCAUCCAAUGGCUUGGUUGGAUGGGUCCAAAAUCAAGGGUUUGAGAAACUAUCAGAACUGAGUAACCUGGAGGUUCUAAAUUUGUGGGGGAACAAUUUCAAUCAUAGUGUUCUUUCAUGGCUCAGUCACCUCACAUCUAUUAAAACUCUCAAUCUUGGCCAUAAUCAUCUAGAAGGCCGAUCAAGUCACGAACGACUUUCAAAUUUGAAAAGACUUGAAUUCCUAUCUCUUGAUGGCAUUGGAAUAAGUGAUUUUGAAUCAGUUUGUAGUAUAAAUGAUUUCACCAAUUUAAAGGUGCUAGACAUAUCACAGAAUACAUUCCAAAGCUUUGGGCCCAUGCAAGGGCUAUUAAAUUUGAAAAUGUUGAAGGCAUAUUCUAAUCGCUUCGAUAAUAGCAUAUUCUCAAGUCUUAAACAAUUCCCACCACUCAAGUUUUUAGAUCUCUCGGACAAUGAAGCCAUAAAAGGAUCAGUGGAGAUGAAUGAGCUACCUGCCUUGAUAGAGCUGUAUUUAAUGGGUACCGGAGUUGACAACAUUGUCACCAAUCAAGGCCUACCAAAUUUGGAAAUUCUUCAUUUAGGAAAUAGUGGCUUUAAUAAUAGCAUAUUCUCAAGUCUUAAACAUCAUCCAUCGCUCAGAUUCUUAGACCUCUCUUUCAAUAACGCCAUAAAUGGAUCGAUACAAGUAAAUGAGCUACCUGCUUUGGAAGAAUUGGAUUUAACUGGGAAUGGGAUUAGUAGCUUUGUCACCACUAAAGGCCUACCAAAUUUGAAAAUUCUUCAUUUACGACAAAAUCACUUUAAUACUAGUAUAUUCUCAAGUCUUAAACAGCUUCCAUCGCUCAGGUUCUUAGAUCUCUCUGUUAAUGAAGCUAUAAAAGGAUCAAUACAAGUGAAUGAGCUACAUGGUUUGACGAAUUUGCAAGAAUUGGAUCUAAGUUAUACGGGAGUUGACAACUUUGUGACCACUAAAGGCAUUGCAAAUGUAAGCCAUCUUCAAGUGUUGCAUCUAGAUCAGCUAGAUGCAUCAAUCUCCAACUUCAGCAAUUUGCUACCAUCUUUAACAGUUUUCUCGUCACUCAAGACCCUUUAUUUUCAGUAUAACAGCUUUCUAGACACUCAUGACUGGAAAAAUCUGAGCAAAUUAGAAAAUCUUAUCUUGGAUGGUACCAAUCAUGUUGACAAAAAUAUCCUUAACAACAUUGGAGGGUUGUUGUCUCUCAAAGUUAUUUCACUUUCUGAAUGUGGACUCAGUGGAGACUUACCUAAUCAAGGUUGGUGUGAGCUUAAAAACCUUCAAGAGUUAAGGCUGAGUAAAAAUGAGUUGAAUGGAAUGCUUCCCUCUUGUUUAGGAAACUUGACUUCUAUUCGAUUGAUUGACCUAUCCACUAAUCAAUUCUAUGGGAACAUAGCCAUCUCCCCCUUAUAUAAACUAACCUCACUUGAAUCUUUAACUAUUUCAAAUAACCACUUCCAAGUCCCCUUUUCUUUUGAGUCCUUUAGCAAUCACUCUAAUCUCAAAUUCAUUCUUGCUGCCAACAAUGAAGUGAUUUCGGAAACCAGUGUAAAAAACAUUUUCCCAUCCUACAAACUAGAAUUUUUUAGUCUAUCCAACUGUGUAGGACAAUAUCAUCCUAGAUUACCAAGCUUUCUGCUUCAUCAAAAUGAGUUAAGAAUCCUUGAUCUGUCACAUAAUAAUGUUGGAGGUGAUUUUCCGGUUUGGUUGUUGGAGAACAACACAAAACUAGAAGGGUUUUAUAUGGGUGGCAAUGUUUUUAAUGGAGACCUCAAAUUUCCUCAGAAACCUAAUAUCCACAUUGGGACAGUGGAUAUCUCUAUGAACAACAUAAGUGGACAAAUCCCAAAAGAUAUAAAUAUUGUCUUUCCAAACAUUGUUGUACUAAACAUGUCUUGGAACAAUCUUGUUGGCAGCUUACCAUCCAGUUUUUGUGGCCUUAAUUCCUUAGCAUAUUUGGAUUUGUCUAACAACAACUUGACGGGGGAAUUACCAAAGGAAUUAGCUACUUCUUGUUUGUCUUUACAGUAUUUGAAACUGUCAAACAACAGUUUCCAAGGGCAAAUCAUAUUUCCAGGAGCUUUAAAUACAUAUCACUUGUCGGUCUUGCAACUCGACAACAACAACUUUGUGGGCACGAUACCUGAUAAUCUUUCUACCAUUUUUGUCACUCUACAAGCACUAGACCUCAGUAACAACCAUUUGUAUGGGGAACUUCCCAAGUGUUUAGGCAAUAUGGUAAACCUCAUUGUUCUUUCCCUGUCUAAUAAUCUACUUGAAGGCCCAAUUCCUAUAGAGCUUUGCAAGUUAGAUGGCAUUAAGCUAUUGGAUAUGUCAGAGAAUCGGUUAUCAGGCUCGAUUCCAUCUUGCUUCAACCCUGAAGGGUUGAAACAUCUUCAUCUAAGAAAAAAUUUGUUUGGAGGUCAACUCACUCGUGCGUUUUUUAAUAUGCCUUCCCUAGUGACACUAGACCUCAGAAACAACAAAUUUAGAGGGAGAAUUCCAAAAUGGAUUAGCAAGCUUAGAGAACUAAACAUUCUCCUCCUUCAAGGGAAUUAUUUUGAAGGGAUUAUCCCAAGUCAAUUAUGCCAAUUGAGUGAACUGAGUAUGCUAGAUCUCUCUUACAACAAUCUUAGCGGUUCAAUUCCUGGUUGUUUGGAUAAGAUGACAUUGGCUAUGCUUUUUUUCGAUUUUAAUAAAGCUUCUACUAUUGAAGUAGCAAGCAGUCCUAUGACUUGGGCAAUAUUGUCGUACUUGAAAACAACCAAAUUGGCAACCACAUUUCACCUUCCAUUGGCUGUGAUUUAUGAUGAUUUUUAUCCCUUAACCGAUGGUCAUGUCACAGCAGAAUUUACUUCCAAGCUGCUAUCACAUUCUUAUAAGGGAAUCGUGUUGCAAUACAUGUCAGCAGUUGAUUUAUCUUGCAAUCAACUAAGUGGCAACAUUCCUCUAAAUCUUGGGAACUUAAGUGAAAUCCGUGCUUUGAACUUUUCGCACAACAAUCUCACUGGACCCAUCCCGACAACCUUAUCAGGUCUUGUGAAGGUCGAGAGUUUGGAUCUAUCCUACAACAUGUUAAAUGGGAGAAUCCCGGCUCAACUUGUUAAACUCAAUUUUUUAGAGAUCUUCAUUGUAGCACACAACAAUUUGAGUGGUCCCAUUCCAGAGAGUAAAGCUCAAUUUGCAACAUUUGAUAACAGCAGUUAUGAAGGAAAUGCUCUCCUUUGUGGACCUCCACUUAGCAACCUUUGCACCCACAAUAAUGAACCGCCCCCGGCCCCACAAGUGUUGUUACCCGACAAGGACAAUGGCAAAGAAGAAAGCAAUUUCAUGGACUUGGAAUCAUUCUACAUCAGCUUUGUGGUAUCUUACAUAGUUAUGUUGCUAACUGUGAUUGCUGUAUUGUGCAUAAAUCCAUAUUGGAGGAGAACCUUGUUUGGUAUCAUUGGGUUUUAAGCAAUAUAUCCUGUUAUCACUUUGCAUUGGAUAGUUUUUUCUUAAUUUCAAAUUAAGAAUGCUAAGUAUUUAUGUAAACAUUAUCACUGUACGAUUUACUUUAAUAUGAGCUUUUGUUAAUCUUU